AGGCUACUGGCUCAAGCCUCAAGACCCAAAGGGCAUGGGGUAGAAGACCUGUAGCCGUGCAGCCAGUCCAAUAGUUUAGUUCAAAUGUCGGAAGAGGAGCCAAACUCGCCGCAAGGCGAUGGGGUGCAGAGAUGUCCCAUGCAUUUGGUCUUACCCGACCUAGAUCGAUGUGAUACCUGCCAGGAAGUGCACAAGGACCUAGAACCUGAAGGAAAGGCUCCAUUGCCAGCGCUCAAGAAGAGCUUUCCAGUGGUGGCAGUUCCCAGUGACACACGUUUGGCACACCUGGAGCCUCAACAUCCAGAUGGGGUUCUGGAGAUCUACCAGAAACUGGAGGAUGAACACGGGAAGUAUAUUUUCGAGCGAAAUCAGCAGCAGGAUGCAGUGGAGAUAGAACGGCGAAAACUACAACUGCAACGGCAGCGAACAAACAAAGCGAAACAUGAUGCUGACCGGGCAGCGCAAGAUGCAGAAUGGCGAGUUGCAGAAGCCCAGCAAGCUGUGGAAGAGCGACGUGGCCGCCGGGAGAGAGAUUUGCAAGCCUUAGAAGUGCAGGUGCGCCAGGCUGACAUCCUCUACGAUGAGGCACAACGAGAAGUCGAAAAGCGCUUGGCCGAAGCAGAAGGUCUCAAGCGAGCUGAGGAGGCCUACCUUGCAGCCAGCCUUCGGCUUCUUCAGAGCGCCAGUCGAAAAACAGAAGCAGCAGAGAAGAGAUACAAUGAACUCAAGGUAGAAUACACAGAGAGACUUGCAGCCCGGAGGAAGGACAUUCAAGAGAUCAUUGAUGAGAUGGACCGCAAGGAAGAGGAGGCAAAGUUGCGGGCAGAGGAACAUUUGCGACUUGUUCAGGAGCAAUGUCAGCAGCAUCUCCAAGCCGUCCGCGAGCAAUCGGCCAAGAUCAAAGAGGCUGUAGCCGAAAAUGUGCCGAUAGCGACAAAGCGAACAGCAGCUGCACAGGAGUUUACUCAGCAACGACGUGCUGAAGCGCAAGAGCGAUUAGUCACGGAACGCGGUGUAGCUUCGAUUCAAACGACUGCCUUGGAGGAAGACUGCUGCAUGAUGGUCCGGCGCAAAGAGGAGAGGGAAGAAGCCACUAAGAGGCACUUUGAGGACUUUUGCCGAGGAACUGUGGCUGACAUGCACCACACAGCGGAAGGGUGGCACCGCCAAGCUGAUCGCAACUCUCUUUGUGACAAGGUCAGCUUGGAGCAGACUGCCUGGGUAUUGGGUCAUCACUACAAGUCGCGGUGGAACUACACCACUGCUGUUGACACAAAGGUCACCAACAUCCUUCAAGGUUGCCUUCAUGGCAGGGACCCAAAGUCCAUUUUGCCACAUCCAUCGCCAAGGUCGCUGGAACCCCCUGGAGACUUGCCACUGCUGCGACCUCGACCUCUUCCCAUGUUGGCCAAUGGCUUGGCAGGAAACCAUGGCGCUUGAGUCCUGGCACUUUGUUGCCUGCGUGGCAGAGCCGACUCUUUUUCUCGCGCGGCACAUGUUCAUUCAGUCUCAUUUGGAAAAGAA